AUAACUGAACUGAACCACUGUUUCUAACACUGUGCUUUUGGACCAAGGCAGCAAUAUGAAGAUUACUGUCACUCUGCUGAGUUUACUGUGUUCUGCUUCAGGACUUGUUAUCCCAUCUGCAGACACAACAAAUGAUUCCACCUUCAGUGAAGAGCUCACAUCUGAGAGCACAGCAAACGAACCUGCUUUUAGUGAUGGACUUGUUGCUCAAUCACAGAGUAGCACAAACACAUCUACCUUCAGUGCAGCAAGCCUAACAAGUUCAACAUGCCCAGCUGGAUGGGAGAAGUAUGGAGAACGAUGCUACAAGUUUGUCAGCACUCUUUCAACAUGGGCAGAAGCAGAGCGCUUCUGUUUGCUGCUGGGUGGUAACCUGGCUUCUGUGCACAGCAUUGCUGAUUACCAUUACAUCCAAGGACUCAUCGUGACAGCAACGCAUGGUGCACCACUCACUUGGCUUGGAGGUUCAGAUGCUCAACAGGAUGGAGUCUGGCUUUGGAGUGACGGAUCCAGAUUUUCUUUUCUUCACUGGAGUCCUGGUCAAGGCGGUGUCAGUAGUGAAGCCUGUCUACAGAUGAACUAUGGAGGAGGACUGCUCUGGAAUGACAUUGCCUGUUCAGUGAAAUCGCCAUCUGUCUGUGCAAGAAGACCCAUCUAAGGACUUGUGUUUCACUGACUUUAUGGCAUAGUAUCAUGCGACUGAUACAAGGACAAAGGCAGUCCGCCUACACAAAUGCAUUCAUAAUUACGUGUUAAUUCAAGACCGUUUCCAUGUAUUAUCAUGUUGCAGUAAAGUUUCUUUAUUGUCUUGACUUUUGGCUUAUGGAAGAUGGAUUAUAGGCCUACUACGUCUUGUUUCAUUGAUUAUACCACUAAUCUGUAUUGGGCUUCGCCUAUUUUGCAUUUUAAAUGAUGCUUGGCAAUGGGCUUCAAUAAUAAAAUCAGUAUGGGAACAU